UCCCUCUUUCUGUUGAGUGUAGUGAAGUCAUAUAUUUCAGGCAAGGGUGUUUGCAGUAUUUAUACUGGCACUCUGUACGGUGCACUCUGCACUGUGUUGUAAGAAAGAAGAAGAGCGGGAGCACAGCAGCACGAGCCCAAACCCACCUGUACUCACCUGAAAGCUACUACACAAAGAUCAGCAUGGCAAACAAAGGUCCUGCCUAUGGUCUGACCCGUGAGGUUCAGAGUAAGAUUGAUAAGAAAUACGACCCGGAACUGGAGGAAAGGCUGGUGGCGUGGAUCAUCGCCCAGUGCGGCUCUGGCGUCGGCCAGCCUGAGCCGGGCAAGACCGGCUUCCAGAUCUGGCUCAAGGAUGGAUGUGUGCUGUGUGAACUUAUCAACAGCCUGUGUUCCAACAAGCCGGUCAAGACCAUCAAGCCCUCUGGCAUGGUAUUUAAGCAAAUGGAGCAAAUCUCCAUGUUCCUCAAAGCUGCAGAAAGCUAUGGAGUCACCAAAACUGACAUGUUCCAGACUGUAGACCUCUUCGAAAGCAAAGACCUGGCUGCUGUCCAGAGGACCCUGAUGGCUCUGGGUAGCCUGGCAGUCACAAAGAAUGACGGGAAUUACAAAGGAGAUCCCAGCUGGUUCCAUAAGAAGUCCCAGGAGAACAGGAGAGACUUCUCGGAGGAGCAGCUGAGCGAAGGCAGAAAUGUCAUUGGCCUGCAAAUGGGCACAAAUAAAGGAGCAUCUCAAGCUGGUAUGACAGGUUACGGACGACCCAGGCAAAUUAUCAACAACCCCUGAACGCGAGCAGUGCGCCAACCUGUCCUCUGAAAGGCCAGUCAGCGAGGAUGGAGAAACUCUGACUCUUACCUAGGCCAUUAGGAGAAAUGUGACCUGACUGCUUUCAAGACCAAACUGGACCAAAACAGGGACCAACGAGAACAUGUGCACAUAUACAACACACACACUCCAUGUUGAGGAAAACACAGAAAGACCUUUAACAGUAUAAAUAAUUAGAAAGAACAUUUUGCAUACUAUUUUUAUGACUGCACUCUGCUAAGCCAACUUGUAAAUAUUUUUUUUUUCUGAAAGGAUCAUUCCAGUUGUUUUGCAUGUCUUAACUCACUACCUUAAAAUCAAAUGUGUUUUUCAUUUAUGCAAACCACAAGAUUUUAGAUUUAUUACCUUCCAGACCUCCACUGGUUUCAGUUCAUUUCAGUGCACUAUAAACAUCAACUUGCAGAGACUUGUGACUUGCUUGAGAGAAGUUAUGCAUCACAUUUAAGCAUGUUUAACAAGUUUCCUUUAGUUAACAGCUGUAGUAUUGCAACGCAGUAAUGCAGUCAGGAGAGCUUUUCAUAACUCUAACUCUUGGUGCAUUCACAGACACUCAGACAUCAGAGAUUUAAUCAUUUCUAAUGGAUGAAGCAGUCAAAUCCAUGUUUAUUUUUCAUAGUGUGUUGCUCCUCUGACAUCCUAGCUAUUAAUUCUUGGACAUCAGUGUGUCCUUGAAUGCACCACCAAGGAGAGUUUCAAAAUUGUCCCCUGCUCAUAUCUGCAUUACAAUACAGCUAUAAUGCUACACUGAACAGAAAUUAAUGAUAAAGAGCAAACUGAGCAAAUUGUUCAGUGUGACAGAUUAACUGUCUCCAGUUUCACGUCCCUGCUGAGUCACUAUGAACUGGAAUGAACUGAAACCAGUGGCAGCCUGGAAGGUAGGGGUUGCGUAGAGUGCUGUGGUUUACAAUAAUGUUAAGUGCAAAAUUAAUAGAAGUUAAUAGGGUUACAACGAUCAAAUCCACUCGUAUAGUCAAGUGUAAGUUUAGAAAGUGAAUUGCCUGGUUUAAAAAGCUUUCAAACAAAAAAAAAACAUAAAAUACAAUCAUGUGUGUUUUACCUGUUCUAUAACAUAGUCUGAAGUUAGAUGCUGUCAGUUGACUAAUUUCUAAACCAUGUUGGACCUUGUUUUUUUGAGAACAUAUAAUGGACUAUAUGGAAAUAAAGUUCAAUUAAACUGUAAAGAA